AUGAUGAAGAUGUAUUUAUUUAUAAUGUUUAUUUUAAUUGUAUUGAAUAAUUUUAUAAAUGGUGAUGAGAAUAAAUAUCAACAAGCACAAAUUCGUGCUCGUUUAGCUCAAGCUAAGUCAAUUCAAGAAGUUUUAAUUAUUCUUAAAAGUUCAAGCAACAAAGGUCGUUUAUGUAUGUAUUAUCGGUGUUUUAUUCAAAUAUUUUCUUUCGGAGGAGCGAUUUAA